GUCCUUCAUGAUGAAAGAUUUUGAGACGCUUCUCCCUCCUCUGUAGUUGGUAGUUUGGGUGGUGAAGAGAUGGCUGACAGUGUCAAAACCUUUCUCCAGGACCUUGGCAGGCCAUUCCUGUGUGAUAUAAUUUCAACCCUGGAUCAGUUCUACAAUGUACACUUUACAGGGAAUCAAAGACUCCAUCUGGGGAAUUUGUACCAUCUCAAAGCUAGAUGCUCGGAUUCAGCAAAAGAGAGAGGAGCAGCGUCGAAGAAGGGCAAGUAGUGUCCUGGCUCAGAGGAGAGCCCAGAGCAUAGAGAGGAAGCAAGAGAGUGAGCCACGUAUUGUUAAUAGAAUUUUCCAGUGCUGCGCUUGGAAUGGCGGAGUAUUCUGGUUCAGUCUCCUCUUGUUUUAUCGAGUGUUUAUUCCUGUGCUUCAGUCAGUAACUGCCCAAAUUAUUGGUGAUCCAUCACUACAUGGAGAUGUUUGGUCGUGGUUGGAAUUCUUCCUCACGUCAAUUUUCAGUGCUCUUUGGGUGCUCCCCCUGUUUGUGCUUAGCAAAGUUGUGAAUGCCAUUUGGUUUCAAGAUAUAGCUGAUCUGGCAUUUGAAGUAUCAGGGAGGAAGCCUCACCCAUUCCCUAGUGUCAGCAAAAUCAUUGCUGACAUGCUCUUCAACCUUCUGCUGCAGGCUCUUUUCCUCAUCCAGGGGAUGUUUGUGAGUCUCUUUCCCAUCCAUCUUGUUGGUCAGCUGGUUAGUCUCCUGCAUAUGUCCCUUCUCUACUCACUAUACUGCUUUGAAUAUCGUUGGUUCAAUAAAGGAAUCGAAAUGCACCAGCGAUUGUCAAAUAUAGAGAGGAAUUGGCCUUACUACUUUGGAUUUGGUUUGCCCUUGGCUUUCCUCACAGCAAUGCAGUCCUCAUACAUUAUCAGUGGCUGUCUCUUCUCUAUUCUCUUUCCUUUAUUCAUUAUCAGCGCCAAUGAAGCAAAGACCCCUGGCAAAGCGUACCUUUUCCAGUUGCGCCUCUUCUCCUUGGUGGUUUUCUUAAGCAACAGACUCUUCCACAAGACGGUCUACCUGCAGUCUGCCCUGAGUAGCUCAACUUCUGCAGAGAAGUUCCCUUCACCACAUCCAUCUCCUGCCAAACUGAAGGCUGCUGCAGGCCACUGAGUCAUCUGCCAUCCAGAGGGGAUGAGUGGGAUUGGGAGGAGGCUGUGCAGCUCUUUUCUUGUUCACCUCCCCCAACAGGGAAGGCAGGACCCACUCUGCCAAGGGCCCUAUGCAUAUUCCCUUCUCUCUGAAGAAUUGGGAUUGUUUCUGGUGCACGGAAGGCACAAUCUUCCUGAUACCAAUAUGUGGAUUUUUAACACCUGUGAGUCUGAAAGGACCACAUGUUUUUCUGCAGCUCUUUUCUAGCAUUUGCCAGCGCCUGUGCCUGGACUGAUUUGAAUACUUUUUCUCCCGGUGCCAUUUACCCUCCCACUUCCUCUUCCUGCCUUCCACUACCCUUGGAUGAAUGGAUUUUGUAAUUCUAGCUAUUGUAUUUUGUGGACCUGUUGUUUUUGUUGUUUUUCUGUGAAGCACAUAUAUUGGAUGUGGGAGGUAAAGGAGUAUCUCAGUUGUUCCUGGUCACUCCCUUUAAAAUAGCCAUCACUGUCUUGUUUCUUGUAACUCAGGUUAGAUUUUGGUCUCUUGCUCCACUGCAAAAAAAAAAAAAAAGCCUGAAGAAACAGGACAGGAGAAAAGACCUCAUAGCCAGAUCUGCUGGGUUUUGAGGAGUGAUUUUUCUUCCCCUUGAAGGGGAAAAAGCUUUUUUCACUGGUACAUGUAAAGUUCCCCAACUUCAGGGAGGUACCAAUUUUGGACAAGUGCCACUGAAACACAGAAUGCUUAGAGAACCUGAACUUUUAAAACCCUGGAGAUCUGAAAUUUACUGUCAGCCACUGUGGGUCUGUCUGGCAUUUCAAAAGAAUAUUGGGUGCUGCAAAUAGGAACUGAAGGGGUAAACUUAUUAAACUCAUUAAACUUGUGA